CUGCUCGUUUCCGUUAGGUCUACAUGCUUCCUUCCAUUCCACCUAACUCCUUGCCAACUUCUGUCAAUGCCUGCCAUAUAAUACGUAUGUAAAUGUCGUUAAAAUUAAGAGACGAUAUUGAAGUCUGUGACCAGCGUAUGAAAUUUCUGAUUAAGUGAAGAAAUAAAAUAUAAAAGUUUAAUGCAACAUGUAAGUUGACUUCAACAAUAGUUCACCAUUAAUCGAGACGGUAUCCAGCUAGAGUGAUAACAGUUCAUGCGUGUCAAAUAUCAUCAACAAAUCCAGAUAUUUUACAGGCAUUCGUCAUGGUAAAUGAAGGCUUUUGCACAUGCUGGGGUUUUAACAGGAUCACUGGGGACACUUACAGCUUGGCCUUGGAUAUACUUCAUCUCAAAUGCCAGUCUUUGUGUGAAACUCUGUUUUAAACAUACUUUUCGCAAAAAAAUUAUUGAAAUUUUUGCACAGAACUAUCUUGUGUCUGCAUUGCUGAGGUUGUCCACAUCUUGUUUUUUAAAAGAACUGUACCAUAAGGAUAUUAGCCAAGUGGUUUUGGCAGCCAGUCAUAUAAUGUUUCCCUACAAUAAUGCUCGAUUGACAUUGAACAACCAGAUCCAUCAUUCUGCUCGAGGCAUAGACUUUUCUCUAGAGCGACCAUCUAGUCAUGCUCUGCCUCCAUCUGUACCCAACAUUGGUAAAUAUGCUGCAAAUGGAAUGAUGCAUAGACCUUUUCCACUGCUUAUAAGGCAUCCUUACAAAUGGAUUACUAUCCACACAAUGUACACCAAGGGCAAAGGACAAGUUUUGAAGACUUCACCAGUGAUAGCAUUAUUUAUCAGUAUAUUCCUAUAGGCCAAAGCUAUGUACACAGACCAUCAAGCAUAGAAACACAAGAUCAGAGGGCAUAUACAACUGGGCAGCAACUCAGCAGUAAAAUGACAGCAAAAUGGAAUGGCAACCUUGUUAAUCAGAGAACUGUUAAACGCAAAGGUUCUUGUCAGGAUGAUUCUGAAAUGCCUGGCUACAGCAAGAAAGGGCGUCAUGAGUCACUGACAGAAAAUGAAUGUGAGACCAAGGCAUCGUCUUCUGUCCAACCUGCACCACUUACCUCAAAAGUCAUCAUCUAUAAACCAGGAGAUGGGUAUGAUAACAUUACAGAGGACAUUGUCCACCAUUACAAUCAAAAUCACCAGUCUCAGCAAGACCUGGAACAUAAAAUUAUGCUGAGCAACUGUUUGUAUGCGAUAGUCAAAGAUGUUUUUCCAGGAUGCAAACUGUUCAUUGUUGGUUCCUCUCUCAAUGGCUUUGGUACACGCACAAGUGACAUGGACCUGUGUCUUCUGCUGUCUCAAGACAAGGCAAUUGAUCAGAGAUUUGAAGCUGUACACAUCCUCAGCAGUAUUCACAAUGCACUCAGAUGUUGCACAUUUGUAAAGUACUCCCAAGUCAUCAAAGCCAAAGUGCCCAUCUUGAAAUUCACCGACAUCAAAAAAAAUAUAGAGUGUGAUCUCAACAUCAACAAUGGUGUGGGAAUCCGUAACACACAUCUCUUGAAAUAUUACUGCAUGGCUGACCCAAGGGUAGGUCCUUUGAUGCUGUACAUCAAAUACUGGGCACGUUUCCAUGACAUCAACGAUGCUCGCAAGCGAACUAUUUCCAGCUACUCUUUGGCCCUGAUGCUGAUUCACUAUCUACAAGUUGGCUGUGAUCCACCAGUUCUGCCAUCUCUUCAGAAGCUCUAUCCAGCACGAUUCAAUGCACAAGUUGGUCUUCGAAAACUGAGACUUGAUGAAUCAUUACAUAAUGUCCAGACCUCCAACAGAGAUAGUUUGGGGAAACUCUUUUGUGGUUUUCUUGAGUAUUUUGCAUUUCAUUUCAAGCCAGAUCAAGAAGUGAUAAGCGUGAGAGAGGCUGGUGUAUUGCCCAUCCAAUCAGUCAGAUACAAUAGUGAUGAACCUUCACAGUGGAAAUGCCUUUGUAUCGAAGAACCCUUUGAUAGGUCCAACACAGCACGUUCAGUAUUUGAUGCAUUCAUAUUCCAGCGAGUUAUGCAUGUUUUCAAACGAAGUGCACGGACUCUGAAAGAAACCAGGAAGGCAAAGUCAAUUUUGAGCCAGCCCUUCUAACCAUGUCAUUAGGGGCAAGGACAGCUGUGCAUAAGAUUAAGCAUACUAACAUUGAUCAACAUCUCAACUGACAGUUUUUCAGAGACCUGUUUCACCACUGUAGGCCAAUUAAAGACUUCUACAUGUGCAGACAUUUAUGAGAAAAUGCAGAGGCUUAGAAUGGUCUUAAUCAUUCCAAGGCUUCUAGCAAUAUCACUAUAUUUCAGUUCUAAAGUUUGCUGUUUUGGUUUUGAGAGAUGUUGCAGUUCUAUUUAAUAAUAUUCAAAUCAAGGUUUCACCAGAUUUGAUCUGCAUUGUUUUAAGAUGUUUAAAACUACAGUAUGUGUUUGAGGUGUGGUCGUGGUUGUAUGCAUGUAUAUAUAUGUGUGUGGAAGUUCUACCCUAAUAUGAUGAAGAUGGACUCAUGCCUUACUUUAAGUCUAUUUUUAAAAGCAAAUUUGCAUUGGUGCAUUAAAUGUCCAAAAUCUGCAAUUAACUAAGCAUUGUGUGUGUCUUCCUUUCAUUGUUUCUCAAUCAUGCUCCCACUUGUUUUAGCAUUUUUUAAAAAUCUUUUUGUAAACCAACAGUACCUGUUAUAUUUUUGAGAUGUUGGUAGUUAUUUGAAUUUUUUAAAAUUAAUAUUUGAAUAAAAUGAUAGUAAGCCUUUCUUUAUAUGGGCAUUUUACUUUAAAGAUCAUGAUGUUCACCAUUUAUAUUUGAUAAACUGGUUUCAUUAUUCGUUUGUUUAUUAAUGUCUAUAUAUAAACAAUAAAUUUAUUUUGUUUGUUUCAUAGUCCUUGUGUUUGGUACUUUGUAGAUUUUUUUUUUGUUGUAAUAUGUUCUUUCUAAAAAGUGUAUUGACUUGGAUUAGUCUGAUUUUAGACUGCAUUCAUUAAUCUUUUGCCUGUCUUUGAGUAAUGUGCACCUGUUACUAUGUGACAGUUGUACAAGCUAUAGUCAUUGAUUCUUCUCUCUCCUCUCUGUGAAAAUGUAUGUGCUAAUAGUUGUGUUACAGCAGUGGAGUGAAUGGAAGAUUUUGUAAAACGUUUUGUUGCCAACUUGGUUUGUCACUUACAGAGCAGUUGGUUAUUUAAUGAAAUAUUUAUUUUUGAUGAAGCUGUUUCAACGAUCAGGAUGUGAACCUGCAAACAUUUUAGUCGGAGUAUUCAAAGUAUUUUUUCUUUCUUUAAAGCAUUUAAGAAUGAAGCCUUUCUUCAUGUUUUCUUUUCUUUUAAAUUUAUUUUUAUUUAAUUAAUGCAUAAUGUAGCAUCAAACUAUAAUAAUCAAGAAACAUUGAUUUAGUAUCUGGAUUUUUCUCCAAGUGUGACUUGAAGUGACUUCACCAAGAAGGCUUAUGAUUCUGCUGGGGCAUAUAUUAAGGGAGAAAGGGCAGAGAAAAGGCUGAGGUACAUGGUCAGUUUGACCAGUUUAAUGAAAAGUAUAUUUGUAGAUUAGUUUGCACUGAGCAGGACAGAAGAUGCUCCACCUGUAACCCCCUUGUAACAUACAAUAUCUCUCUCCUUUUGUUUUCUGGAGUAGUCCGCCUUUACCUGUCUUUCCUUUCCUCUCACCUCUUCCACUUCGUCAAGUACCUGAUAUAUUAACCUUUCUAUUUCAGGUAUCUAGAUAUAUCAACUACACGUCUUGAAUUGUGCGAAAACAAAAUUGUUAGAAAUGUUCAACAAUCAUUGUUUCAGUUGUUACUCUCCAUUAUUGUUGUAACUGAUGUAGAUAAUAUGUAUAUUUGCAUUGAAGUGCAUGCAACACUUGGGCCCACUUGUGCUUUUAUGAUGCACUUCAGUUUGUGAGUGAUGAAUGGAUUCUGCAUUUUAGAGGUUUUAAUGUCCAGGUUUUGUUUACAAAAGAUUGGCGGAGGAAUUAAAAGAAGUUGCUCUCGGUA